AUGAAGAUUUCAUCUCAUGUCCACACGGAUGAUCCAACUGUUUGUGAGCCACAACAAAUUUACAUCAUCGUGAUUCAAAGAUGUUUCCAUGAAAAUCAUUUUGAUGACGACGGAAAUGAUGAUACACAAAACACCAGGGAGAGCAAGAUCUCGGGCAAUUCUCGAGGAAGUGUUAGCAACAGUGACGAAGAGGAUAAACAGGGUGAAAAUGAUGAAAGGGAUACAAGCAUGCUGGAAGGUUUGCUCUUGCAAGCAAGAGGCAAUGAUUCAGCGACUUUCUCGAGGAUUGGAACGUUCCUUGUUGGUCUCUCUAGAGGAGACCCUGGGACGAUAUUUAAUGCUCACCUCAAAGCCGAAGAACGGAUUAUAACGCUCGUAUAG